UUUGAGGCAAAUGAAAUUACUCAAAUAUUCUUCUCUCUCUUAGCUUUUCCCCAAAAAUUUUCACUCUACAAUUUCCCUCCACUCUCAAGUCUCAACCCUCAUUUUGCACGCAAAUUUCUCUCGCCCAUUUCACUCUGCAUCUUCAAACUGCUUCAUCUUUCAAUUCACGGAACAGAUAAAAGGUCGUAUCAACAAGAAGAAAACUCUCUACGUUGCCUUUUAAUAAGAUUGUUUGGGGUAUUUCACUGCUACACAAUCUUGUAUCUCUAUAUUAUCAAUGGAGUGCAACAAAGAUGAGGCUAUCCGGGCCAGGGAACUGGCUGAGAUGAAAAUGAAAAACAAUGACUUUGAGGGGGCUCAGAAAAUUGCACUGAAGGCACAGAAUCUUUACCCAGAACUUGAGAAUAUUACCCAGCUGCUUAGCAUCUGUGAUGUUCAUUGUGCAGCACAAAAAAUGGUGUCUGGAUCUGAAAAGGACUGGUAUGAACUUCUUCAAGCUGCAAAGUUUUCUGAUGAGAUGACAAUCAAAAAACAAUAUCGGCGGCUUGCUCUUUUUCUCCAUCCUGAUAAGAAUCGAUUUCCUGGUGCAGAGUCUGCUUUUAAGUUGAUCUGUGAGGCAAAUGCUGUGCUUUCAGAUCCCCAAAAGAAGUUUUUAUAUGAUCAGAAGAUCAGGGUACUGGUUAGAUCUGCUCAAGUAGUUCCUCCACAUCAUCACUUAAAGAAAACUCAAUGUGGACCUGAGGUCAAAGUUACCAAUGGUUUUCACAGUAUGAAUCAACAUCAAACCACACAGUCGAGCUUUUCUGCCAGGCAGGAAGUGUUCUGCACAAGUUGCCCAUUUUGUUGUUUUAAGUACCAAUUAGAUAGAAAACAUGUGAACACAACGUUGCGCUGCCCGAAAUGCUUAAAGAAUUUUAGUGUUUUUGAAACUGGUGCUCAAGGUUCUCAGAACGGGAUACCAAAUUAUGGUGGAAGUAAACAGGGUGUUCAAAAUGGCAUGGGAUAUUCGGCAUCGCAAAUGGCAUCCCAGUGGUGUGCCAACAAGCAAACAGUUCGACCCCAACCAAGUUUUCGGACAGAAACUAUUUUCAAAGAUAAGGGAGUAGAAAGGGCUGCAAAUGUCAAUGGAGACUUUAAGGCCAAAAGAAGUGGAAAGGAAGAUCGGACAGGCAGUGGUGAUCGAAAUAAUAGGAAAGAUGGCAACAGAAAGAACAAAAGGAAGGGGAGAAGAAGGGGUUCAGAUUCUUCAGAAUCUAGUGAGAGUUACGACACCUCCAGUGAAUCUGAUCUAGAAGAUGUCAAUGAUGUUGCAACUGAUCCAGAUUCUGGACCUACUAAUGUCCAAUUUCCACGAAGAUCUUCUCGAAAAAGGCAGAAUGUGUCCUACAACGAAGGUGCUGGUGAUGAUGAUGAUGAUGUUGCUGUUCCUGGGUCUUGCAAGAGAUCUCAAGGGAACAAGUUACCAGAAGAUAAUGAAAAUGGGCAAUCCAAUGCUUUGAAUGGAGAAUCUGUGAAGCAUGAGAAUCAAAAUGGUUUACAUGCUGAUUCAGAAUUUUCCAAGUCUGAGAGUAAAGAAACAGGAUCUGAUACUGACAUAGAAGUCAAUACAAAGGAAAAAGGCGGUUGUACGCCAAAUGUUGGUACUGAUGCGGUUGAAACUGAAAUUGGCUCUGACUGGGAUGCACAUUCUGAUGAUUCGGAUAAGGAUGAAUUUGAAUAUGAUGAUCCAGAGUUCAGUGAUUUUGAUAAGGAUCGUAAUGCCAACUGUUUUGCUGUUAACCAGUAUUGGGCUUGUUAUGAUUCAGUUGAUGGCAUGCCAAGAUAUUAUGCAAAGGUGAAGAAGGUACAACUCUCUCCGUUUGAGUUGUCCGUCACAUGGUUAGAAGCUGAACCUGCAGAUGACACUCAGAAGAAAUGGAUAGAUGAAGAUUUACCUGUUGGUUGUGGUGCUUUUAGGCUUGGCAAAGUUCAAAAAAUGCCAAGUAGACUCAUAUUUUCUCAGCAAGUGCCCUGUGAGAAGGGUAAGAGAGGUUCUUUAUACAUAUAUCCUAGACAAGGGGAGGUUUGGGCUGUAUUUAAGGACUGGGAUUUGAGCUGGAGCUCCCAGCCUGCUAGGCACGGGAAGUACAAAUAUGAAAUUGUUGAGGUGCUAUCGGAUUUUAAUACUUUGUCUGGUGCAAGGGUUUGUUACUUAGACAAAGUUGAAGGAUUUGUGUGCCUUUUCCAGAGAAGUUGCCAGAGCAUGACCGAAUCUUUUAUGAUAAGGCCCGAUGAAAUGUACAGAUUCUCACACUGUAUUCGUUCUUACAAAAUGACAGGCUCUGAAAGGGAAGGAGUGCCCAUUUACUCUUUUGAACUCGAUCCUUCAGCCUUACCUCUGAAUCCAGAUCACUUGUGCUACCCCGCCAAAUCAAAGAUGGGAACUGAUAAGAUGGAGCCUGGAGUUAAUUGCGCUCCACCAAAGUCCGAUAAAGGAAAAAGUAAUGUUGUGGGAUAUGAUACGAAGGUGUUUGUGGAUCUGGAGUCCUCUGAUGGGUAGAUUUACGAAGUUCAGAGGUCCCCCCAGGAUAGAUGAACUCCAGGAAAUUUUAAUAUUGGAAUAGAAACCAUGAGGCAUUCACCUGCUGAUGAAAAGCAAGUUGUUAGAGCUGCCUUGAGAUCACAAGGAUGAGAACAUACUUUUUUUAUUAGCUUUGCAGGUGACAUGGUGUAUCAUUUUGAAUCAGAAUGUUGAUAAUGUAAUUGAAGUUAUAUUUUUUACCUACUUCUACUCUUUCCUGAUUUUUGUA